GACCCGCUCCCCUUCCGCGCCCUCCAGACCAGGAGGGGAGGGACCUGGGCGGAGCCCCGGGUGGGGACCAGAGGGACCCGAGGGAGGUGACAUCAUCUCGAAGAUACAGGCCAGCCCUGCCCGCUGUGUGCACCCUGGCGCGGGGAACUGCCGAGGGGAUGUCCGGACUGUGUCUGGGGUGACCCCAGGGCCGAGGAGGGCACAGAGCGCCGGCAUGUGGCCUGUAGUCGAAGUGUGGGGGUCGGCUGGGGCGCUGCCGCCUCACCCCCAGGCCGCAGCUCAGGACCUUCCUACGAUGGCGUGCGCCCCUGGGCAGGAACUGCAGCCCCGGUGCCCAGGUCUGAGGGCGCAGGGAACUUGCUACUGACCUUUCCCCAGAAGUCGAGGCUUGCAAAUGUUUGCCCAGCAUCUGAUCUGAGCCCCACCCUGAUUUCAGGAUAAGAGCUGGACAGGACUUGGGCACCAGACCACCAGACCUAGGCCUUCUUACGAAUUUGCGGAGUCCUGGGCUGGUUACACCCAGCAGGGGUGUCUGGGGGACCCCUCAUCCCAACACUUGACCUAGGGCCCGUAUUCACAGUGCUCCCCGGGUGGGGGUGUAGAAGUCUGGGUGCAAUGGUAACCUCCCUUCCUCCUCCCCAGGGAGCCCAGUGGCGGCGCCCUCCCAGGCACCACUGCCCAUGCUGACCGCCGUGCGCUCCGCCUGCCAGUGUCAUGAGUAACACCACAGUGCCCAAUGCGCCCCAGGCCAACAGCGACUCCAUGGUGGGCUAUGUGUUGGGCCCUUUCUUCCUCAUCACCCUGGUCGGGGUGGUGGUGGCCGUGGUAAUGUAUGUCCAGAAGAGAAAACGGGUGGACCGGCUGCGCCACCACCUGCUCCCCAUGUACAGCUAUGACCCGGCUGAGGAGCUGCACGAGGCUGAGCAGGAGCUCCUGUCGGACGUGGGAGACCCGAAGGUGGUGCACGGCUGGCAGAGUGGCUACCAGCACAAGCGGGUGCCCCUGCUGGACGUCAAGACCUGACCUGACCCUCCCCCCCACCGGAGCCUCGGGGUCCCGCAGUCUGCCCCCCCCCCCAGGCCCUCUGCUCGGCAGCCUCACCCUGCCCUCAGCCCUCA